AUGGAUCGGCUUCGUACAUUAUUCCGAAAGAGAGAGGAUGAGCAGGAGUACCAACCUUUAAACGAUGAAUCGCAAUCACUCGAGGGACCUCCUGAGCACAUCGAGAGUGAUGGAAUCCCUUUCUCAUGGGUCGAGUAUAGCAUCUUCGGAUUGCUAGGUGUUGCGAUGCUAUGGGCUUGGAACAUGUUCCUCGCUGCAGCCCCCUACUUUCAACUUCGCUUUCAGGACGAUGAUUGGAUUCUCGACAACUUCCAAUCGGCCAUUAUAUCGGUAUCGACACUAGGAAACUUAGGAUCGAUGGUCGUAUUAACCAAUAUCCAAUCCACAGCGUCAUAUCCGUUCCGAAUCAAUCUAGCUCUUUACAUAAACGUUGUUAUAUUUGGGUUCUUAACUGCCUCAACUACAUUUCUCGAUAUCUCACCCUCGACGUACCUUGUAUUCGUAUUGGUAAUGGUAGCACUCACGGCAUGGGCGGCAGGACUGAUACAGAAUGGCGCAUUCGCGUUUGCUGCCAGCUUUGGAAGACCCGAAUACAUGCAAGCGAUCAUGGCUGGACAGGGCGUAGCAGGUGUGCUCCCUUCGCUUGUUCAAGUCAUUUCAGUCCUUGUCGCACCACUAGCAAAUACAACGUCCGGGACCAGAGAAGAAACUUCACCGGGAAAUGGGAAAGCAGCAUUUAUCUACUUCCUUACAGCGGUAAUUGUAUCAAUCGUAGCGCUCGUGGCUUUCAUACCGCUAGUUAACCGUCACAACCGUAUUAUCGAGAAUCGGAUGAUGGAACACAUGGCCACGUCGGUGACGAGCAUCGAGUCCGCAGAACGUGCAGCGCGGAAAGUCGUCAGCAUGCCGAAGCUGUUCAAAAAGCUCCACUGGCUCGCGGGCGGUGUUUUCAUGUGCUUCGCCGUAGCCAUGUUCUUCCCGGUUUUCACACCUAAGAUUUUAUCUGUGACACCGCCAGACGAAGCGAGCCUAUUACUACAACCCGCUGCAUUCAUCCCACUCGGCUUCUUCUUCUGGAACCUUGGCGACCUUGGAGGGAGAGCCAGCUCCCUUUUCCUACCACUCCGAGAUCGGCCAGCCUUGUUAUUCGUAGUGAGCAUUGCGCGGUUGUUAUUCCUUCCACUUUAUGCUCUAUGCAACCUGCACGGUAAAGGGGCUGUUAUUAAUAGUGAUGUAUUUUACCUCCUAUUAGUGCAGUUCCCGUUCGGUUUCACCACCGGCUGGCUUGGAUCAAAUUGCAUGAUGGCAGCCGGUGAGUGGGUUGAGGAAGGAGAACGGGAGGCUUCUGGAGGGUUCAUGGGAUUAUCUCUUGUGGCUGGGUUGGCAUUUGGUAGUCUGCUGAGCUUCACUGCCGCUGGGAUAUGA